AUGACUGUUUCAAUUCCACCAGUAUUAGACCCCCUGCAAACACCGCCAUUGGCGGUGAUGGCCCAACAAGCGGCCUACACAGAUCGUUCGGGUCACGGGUCGGUCGGACCGGUUAUUGGUGUUCUUGCAGUGAUAACAGUAUUGGGUGCUUUAUCUGUGAUGAUCGGGCGGCUCUGUUCGGGUCGAAGAAUAAUGGGUCAUCAAGGUUACGAUUUUGAAAGGUGGGUUGAGAUCAAAUGCUCCUCAUGUAUUGAUGGAAGCUUUAAUCCUCACCCGCCAACCCGCACGGUGGCGGAGCACCAUGCCAGCAGCUCCUCCAGCGCGGUGGAGCCACUAGAUGCACCUGAAGAAGCUGGGGAAGAACAACAAGAACAACAUACGAAUUCGCGUGACGAUAAUCAUCAACAUCAAAAAGCCGAGUCUUGA